AUUUUCUGGUUGGGAAAAUGCUUAAGAAGACCUCCGCCGAUUCGUAUCGUCUUCUUGCUCCAGUGUUGUCAUCAUCGUCAUCAUUAUCAUCUACAUCGUCGUCAAGAAACAGAACAGAGAUCGAACGUGUCACCAGGAUCAUCAAUGAUCAUCCCUUCCCGAACCAUCCGAUUCAACCCAUUCUCGCUAAGCACAUCCCUCUAUCUUCACUGUCACCGGACUUUGUAUCAGAAGUUCUCGGCCGUCUCUUCGCUGCUCAUUCCAAUGGCCUCAAAGCUCUCGAAUUCUUCAAGUAUUCACUUAAAAGCUCUAAAUCUUCUCCCACCUCCGAUUCCUUCGAGAAAACACUUCACAUUCUCUCACGGAUGCGGUAUUUCGAUCAGGCCUGGGCUUUAAUGGCGGAAGUGCGAAAGGACUAUCCUAAUCUGCUGAGCUUCAAGUCCAUGAGCAUCCUUCUCUGCAAAAUCGCCAAAUUCGGUUCGUAUGAAGAAACUUUGGAAGCUUUCGCGAGGAUGGAGAAAGAGAUAUUCAGAAAGAAAUUCGGUGUCGACGAGUUCAACAUUCUUCUGCGAGCAUUCUGCACAGAGCGAGAGAUGAAGGAGGCGAGAUCAAUUUUCGAAAAAUUGCAUUCCAGGUUUAAGCCAGACGUUAAGACGAUGAACAUUCUACUUCUAGGGUUUAAGGAAGCUGGUGAUGUCACCGCCACAGAGCUCUUCUACCAUGAAAUGGUGAAACGAGGAUUCAAACCCAAUUCCGUCACUUACGGCAUCAGAAUCGAUGGGUUCUGUAAAAAACGGAACUUUGGUGAAGCCCUGAGGCUAUUUGAAGAAAUGGAUCGUCGAAAUCUCGAAGCCACAUUACAGAUACUCACUACACUGAUCCAUGGGUCUGGUGUGGCUCGGAACAAGAUCAAAGCACGCCAACUGUUCGAUGAAAUUCCCAAGAGAGGCUUAACACCUGAUUGCGGAGCUUAUAACGCUUUGAUGAGUAGUCUCAUGAAAUGCCGAGAUGUGAGUGGUGCAAUACAGGUGAUGAAGGAGAUGGAAGAGAAAGGAAUUGAGCCCGACAGUGUAACUUUCCACUCGAUGUUUAUCGGAAUGAUGAAAUCCAAAGAGUUUGGGAUCGACGGGGUAUGUGAGCUUUACCAUAAAAUGAAGGAAAGAUCUCUGGUUCCAAAGACACCAACCGUGGUUAUGCUGAUGAAGCUCUUCUGUCACAACGGCCAAGUCAACUUAGGACUAGACCUGUGGAAGUAUAUGCUGGAGAAAGGGUAUUGCCCUCAUGGCCACGCAUUGGAACUCCUUACCACUGCACUGUGUGCUCGAAGAAGAGCCAAUGAUGCAUUUGAGUGCUCGAGGCAGACAGUGGAGAGAGGAAGGUGCGUAAGCGAACCAGUCUUUCGCAUGUUAGAGACCUCUUUAUCAAGCAAAGACGAAUUGGAGAAACUUGAGGAAUUAAAGAGGAAGAUGCAGAAACUGCAUAGCUUUUUGCCGACUCGAACACAGCUAAUUUAGAAUGGAACUUCAAUGGAAUUAGUUCUUGUUUGCAAAAAUCCCACAUUGAGAGAUUAGUAUGUUCAGUUGUAUACAAUACUCAACAGAAUAUUGACAACACUGUAGUAACUUGUAAUAGACUUUGCUAAA